AUGUGGUGGAAUUAUCUACUCGCAUUGGCUGCGCUGCCUAUGACAGCACUAUGCGCAAAAGAAGGCCAAUCCGCCAAAGAAGCCUGCGCGAAUUUGAACGAGAAACACUCUGACAUCACCUACGGCGGUCUACAUCCGAAAUAUAUCAAUGCGAAUACCGAAUACUACACAUCCAGCGCCUGGCUCGGCCCAGCCUGCGUCUUCGAACCAACCACCUCGGCCCAACUCAGCUCUGCAGUCCAAAUCCUCAAGAACCUGAGCACCCCCUUCGCGAUCCGAGGAGGCGGACACAUGCCGAUUGCCGACGCCGCUAAUAUCAACUCCUCGGGCGUGCUGAUCUCCAGCUUCGGGUUGAACCAGCUCAAGCUGUCGGAAGAUCAGUCCACGGUCAACGUCGGACCGGGGAAUCGGUGGUCGAAUAUCUAUGAUUAUCUGGAGCCGCAUGGGCUCACUGUUGUUGGUGGUCGAUUGGGCCAUGUUGGUGUCCCUGGGUAUGUUCUUGGUGGUGGGGUGUCGUUCUUUAGUAAUGAGUAUGGAUGGGCGAGUGCGAAUGUUGCUAGUUUUACGUGUGUUCUCGCCUCGGGUAAAAUCGUCAAAGCCACCCCGGACAACGAAUACUCGGACCUCUUUUGGGCCCUACGCGGUGGUUCCAGUUCCUUCGCGCUCGUCACGAACUUCGAGCUCAAGACCAUCAAAGCCCCAGGUGUGAUGGUCGGCCAGGCAUCGUACGGCUCCGACGUCGCCGAGGAAUUCAUCUCCGCCGUGCACGACUUCACCAUGUCCGCGCACAAAGACCCUAAAGCGGCCACGAUCCCACUGGUCGAGUAUAUCCCUGCCUUGGGCAAACCAAGCUACAACGCGAUGCUGUUCUACAACGGCAAGAACGAGACUCCCGGUGCGCUGAGCAGUUUUCUCGGAAACCCAGAUAUGAAGCCGUCGUCGAAUAGCUUCAAGUAUCGCUCGAUGAGUCAGUGGUCGAAGGAGCUGGAUCCAGCGAUGGGAUUGCUCAAGGGAAGUAAGCAGCGAUUCUACGUGUUGAACAUCCACGCCAAAGAUAAGAAAGCGAUUCAAAUCGUCCACGACACGUAUCUAUCUGUCGCGAAGGAGAGUAUCCCUAGUGGCGUCCUAGUCGCCGCGCUGGCCUUCCCCGCCGUCACGGAGAAGUACAUCACCGCGUCGCGCGUGAACGGAGGCGAUCCGCAGAGUCUGGACCUCGACGGCGCGCCGUACAUCUGGGUGGAGGAGAGUAUUACGUCGUUGGCGACGGUCAAGGACGAGGAUGUCGACGCGUUCUAUGAGAAAGCGAAUGCGGAGAUCAAGAAGAAUUUGGACGCUGCGGGGAUCGAAAUGGCGAAGUUCAUUUAUUUGAAUGAUGCCAAUCCGUCGCAGAGCGUUUUUGAUACUUUUGACCCUGUUAAUGUCCAGCGGUUGAAGAAGAUAAGGGCUAAAUAUGAUCCUAACAGAGUGUUUACGGAUCUGAUGCCGGGUGGAUUCAAGGUUGAGCGGGAUUAA